GCCUUCAUAGUGACAUGACACGUUCUUCUGCAACUAACAGAGGGCCCGCUAUCUACAAUUGGCAUACCAAUUUUCUCGAACGUCUGCCAACGGAGACUCUUCAAUUUUUCCCGAUUUGCAGUCUAUAAACGAAUUCAUCAUGAGGUGGUCGACUCAUUUAUUAGCCGUGCUUGUUACUGUGAAUUUUCUGAUCUACACCUCCGUUCACUUCGCAAACCUUCGACCAAUGCAGCAAAAACAUGUUGAUGACUUAGUAGUAAUGGAGUCAAUGUCAUCCCCUGGACCUAAACGGAAGCCAGAAACCCCGGCGAGGUUGUGCGUUCCUCAGAACUCCGUGUACUUCCUAAAGACCCCAAAGUGCGCCUCCACAACUCUUUCACAGAUUUUCACCGCGUAUGGAGUCAAACACGCCCUGACCUUCGCUCUGCCCGUCCGCUACGAACUGCUACCUAUAUCUCCAAAGAUUUUGCCGUCUGAGUACCACGGGGCCCCCGACGGCCGAUACCACAUGGUCGUGUCCCACACGCAGUUCAACAAGGAGGGAGCAGAGCAGGUGAUGAAAGAAUCAGCCAAAUAUGUUGCAACCAUCCGGGAACCAGCAUCACGUUUUGAGUCCAUGUGGUAUUUCGCAAACUAUGAAAAGAGAUUUCAGAUGACUCUUACUGCCUUCCUUAAAGCGUCUCAAUAUACAGCAAAUCAUAAAAGAACAUUCAAUUUGAUUGCGAAUUUUUUUGGAGUCAAAGACCCCCGCGAUGACGUACCGGAAGGUGAAGUACUUAGCAAGGCGAAAUGGCUGAAUGAGAGCUUCGACCUGGUGAUGGUUGCCGAGAGGUUCGACGAGUCGCUGGUCCUUCUGAAGCACCUCAUGUGCUGGAACACCGAGGACGUCGCUUACGCCAAGGCCAAGGUUCGGAGGCCCACUUACAGGGCCGAGCUCUCGGAGGCGCAGAAGGACAGGCUUCGGCAGCUGAACAGGCAGGAUGUUCUUCUGUACAAGUUCUUCAGGGAAAUCUUCGAGGAGAAAGUCAAGGCUUUCGGCGAGGAAAGGAUGCAGAGGGAAGUCGAGGAACUUCGCCAAGCGAACGCUCGACUCAUCGACGACUGUGGAGCUGAACUCACUGGGUCAAGGGGGACUGUGAAAAUGUGGCGAGUAACGAACAACUCGAACGUUUGUAAAAUGCUUUCAAUGGAUGGAAUAAAUGUACAAAACCAGCUGAAGGAAAGGCAAAGGAUUUGGGUGUCUAGCAACUUGACUUACGACCUGUUAACAUGGACUUUUACGUAAAUGAACGAGGGAGACGGGGAUUGUGAAUUUUCUUACGCGCAUAAUUUAAUAAAAUCGUUUCCCCUAAUUAUCUUAUUUGCUUCCUCCUGUUUUGUUCCGCUUGUGCGGGAAAAAAAAUGUAGAUGAUGAUUGUUCAGAUUUUAUGAAAGUAAACGGAAAUAAAAAUAAAA